UCGGUUAUGGGGCGAGAGAGAAGGAGGACCAUCCAUGGGAAUUCUGCUGCGGUCCUGCUGCGAGUAUGAGGCGUUCUUGGGAAAUGGGUCGGUUGAGCACUCAGUCCUGGCUCUUGCCACGCAGUUUGACCUUGUCGCUAUCACGGAGCGAUUCAAUGAAGGGCUCGUCUCCUUGGGCCGACUCUACGGUCUUCCUGUCCAAAAUCUGGCGGCCAUCGGCCGAAGCAUCGGAGAAAAAAACGAGGGAAGCAGGAAGCUGGAUUGGACAGAUGAAGAGUUCCGACUGGCCACCUAUAUGAGCAACAAGAGCACCUACAUCUACAACUUUGCGCAGAAGCUGUUCGAUAGGCAGGCGCUUAGCCUCUUCGGCAGCGCCGAGCGUUUGAAGGAUGCAGUAGCGGCAUUCGAGGCGCUAAAUCCGGGCAGCUGA